CAGCCCUAAAGCCGCGCCCUAAGGCGGAAGUCUCGCGAGAUCUGUGAGGCGGCGGCGGCGGCGGCGGCGGCGGGAUGUGCGGGGGCUGUGUGGGCACCGAGUACCCGGAGCGGGGAACCACCUGCUUGGAGGGCGGCUCCUUCCUCCUCAACUUCGUGGGGUGCGCGCAGUGCGGCCGUCGGGAUUUCGUGCUGCUCGGCAACCGCGCCGCCGGCCUGCACGGCGAAGACGAGAUCGUCACCUACGACCACCUGUGCAAGAACUGCCACCACCUGAUCGCACGCCACGAGUACACCUUCAGUGUGGUGGAUGACUACCAGGAGUACACCAUGCUGUGCCUGCUCUGCGGCCGGGCUGAGGACUCCAUCAGCAUCCUGCCCGACGACCCCCGCCAGAUGACCCCACUCUUCUGAAGCCGCCUGGAUGUGGCGGACGCCAGAUGCUCCUGCACACCCGGUGGCAGCUCAGCCGUGCCCGCAGUACCCCAGCCAUGGGGACGGGGGGAACACGGCAGCCCGAACCCCCCUUGUGCUGAAGACAUGAAGGGGGGGCUAGCACGUCGUCACCCCAAAAGGGGGCCCAAAGGGAUGCCCGCCCUGUCCUGCUUCAGGAGCCCUCGUGCGUGGGGGCAAUAAAUGUGAUGUGUUACA